AUGGCGCGGGGAGGCAGCAUCCACCGCCGCCGAGCCUCCUCCUGGGGGGCACCCACAGAGGAGCUGGCACGGGCAGAGCCCAGCGAGGCGGGCGAGACCUCGCACCCUUCCCCCGCAGCGCCGAAGAAGGAGAAACCCCUGGAAGAUGAUGAGUCCCGAAAAGUCGUGACGAAGGGCCCCCGGAACGGCGCCGGGCGGGGGCCGGAUCCGGGCAACGCCAACGGGGAGGCGGGGAACGGGGUCUUCCGCCCCCUCCCCAGCGCCCAGAAGCCUCACCGAAAGCUGCAGUCGCACCACUCGAUCAACAGCCAGAGCAGCAAGAAGAGCAAGGGCAGCUCCAAGUCGGCCUCUUCCCACAUCCCUAUUGAGGCGCAAGAAGACUGCUGCGUCCACUGCAUCCUCUCCUGCCUCUUCUGCGAGUUCCUGACCCUCUGCAACAUCGUGCUGGACUGUGCCACCUGCGGCUCCUGCACCUCCGAGGACUCCUGCAUCUGCUGCUGCUGCUGCAAUUCGGGCGAGUGCGCGGACUGCGACCUGCCCUGCGACAUGGACUGCGGCAUCAUCGACGCCUGCUGCGAGUCGGCCCACUGCCUGGAGAUCUGCAUGGAGUGCUGCGGGCUCUGCUUCUCCUCCUGA